UCCCUCUAUGCCCUCAUGUCUUUGACUCGUAGCAGACGACACUCCAACUGCUCUGUGUGGGAUACGGCCGACUAACCUCAACAUCGGACGCUGUCCGGUACCGCGCAUAGCUCUCACAGUCCCGAAGCAGCGGCGCAACCCAGGGACAGCAUUACCUUUGCCCUCCCGCCGCCGGAGAUUGCAGAGGGACUGUGCCACUCAAACAGCCCUCCAAAAACCUCAUCACUCCCCCGCAUCCUGUCUAGGACUAUUCACGCUGGCAAAAUGUGCCUCACCAAGGUCUACUACAACACCUACUCGGACGGGGCCCAGGACAUCACCGAGAAGCACUACCCCUGCGGGGGUGGCAGAGGGUGCGCCCAUAACGAAGUGCGAAAGUAUGACCGCAAGUUCCCCUUCACCAAGCUAGGGGACGUCAAGCCCGAGUCGUACCGGAGCCUCUCGGAGCGGCAGCCAACACCGUACUUCUCCCAUGCGGCCCGCGGCGCCAAGUCCCCGUCCGUACCGGGCAGGCGCGAUUCUGGCGUCUAUUACGACUACAACGAUCCCUAUGACGGCUUCGGAUACCACCACUCCUCCUCGUCCCGCCAUGAUCCGCGUGACCGCGACCGGCACGAGCGCGGCCGCGACCGCGGCGAUCUUCGGCUCAAGAGGUCCGCCACCAACCCGCAGAUCGUGUACGUAGACCGCGACGGCAAGUCCUCGUCCCGCUCCCGCUCCGGCAGCCGCGACUACUCGCGCGACAUCCCGCUGGGGCUGGUCCCACUCGCGGAUGAGUACGGCCGCCGCCGGCACUCAUCUUCUUCGCGCUCCCGCUCGCGCGAGGGCUCCCGCGACGAGAGCGACCACCACUACUACUACCGCCGCACCGACGACCCCCACGGCUACGUGCUCAUCGACGACCAAGACGAGCAGCGCCGCCGCCGCCGCCGCGAGGAGAAGCACCGCCGCCUGUCGACGUCCAGCUACACCGAGCCGUCCUCCUCCUCCUCGGCCGCGGCGGCAGCCAUGGCGGCGGGCGUGGACGCGUACCAGUACAUGCCGCGCCGCGCGUCGACCGUGGUGCAUCGCAGCGACGGGUCCAUCUCCACGUCGUCCGGCGGCGUGCCCAAGCAGCUCCGCUGGGAGGACCAGGUGCGCGCCAAGCGGGAGCGGCAGAAUGCGGAGAUUGCGAGCCGGGCGGCGAGCAGCCACGGCGAGGUGAAGGGCAUCUUGAAGCACACGGGGGACUCGAAGGGCAAGGGACGCGAGCUGGACGAUAUCGCUGAGCUAAGGAGGGCGGUGGAGCGCAUGGAGAUCCCCAGGGGAAGGGAUCGUGAGCCCAGGUCGGCGAGGGGGAAUUGGGAAGGGUGGGGAGGAUACGACGAUUAUGACUCGGGCAGGAGGAAGCGGAGCAAGGUGUAUGCGGAUGAUCGAUACAGGUACUGAGUGCGGUGAAGCAACAUCACCCUAGGGAAGGAUUGGAUUGGCGUUGACCAGAUUGGGCAUAUUUUCGGGAGUUUGGAUACUUAUUUCUUCUUAUUGGGCCACGAUUUAGGAGUUCGAA